AAAGACAACCACAAGAACAAUAACAACAGAGCAAUCUAGGUAUGGACUUGUUGAGUGUAAUUCUACUUGUGAUUCUCACAUGGGCACUAAUCAGAACCGCCCAUUCCAUCACAAGACCAAACCCCAACAUCUCCGGCAAGCUUCCGCCGGGACCGAAGCCGUUACCGGUGAUCGGAAACCUCCACCAGCUCGGCGACAAGCCCCACAAGUCCCUCUCUCGUCUGGCCCAACUCCACGGGCCUCUUAUGAGCCUCAAGCUCGGCCAAGUCACGGCCAUCGUCGUCUCUUCACCGGCGAUGGCCAAAGAAGUCCUCCAAACUCACGACCAGCACUUGUCGAACCGCACCAUUCCCGACGCCCUCCACAUCCUCGGCCACCAGCACACAGGCCUCCCAUGGAUUCCGGUCUCGAACCACUGGAGAACUCUCCGGAAGAUCUGUAAUACCCAGUUGUUUGCUGUCAAAGUUCUUGAUACGAAUCAGGAACUAAGAAGAAGAAAAGUCAGGGAGCUUUUUGAGGGCGUGAGGAGAAGUGGGUCAGCCGGAGAAUCCGUUGAUAUUGGGAGCGAGGCUUUCACGACGACGCUGAACUUGCUUUCGAACACCAUUUUUUCGGUGGAUUUGGCGGAUCCUAAGUCGGAGUUGGCUAGGGAGUUUAAGGAGGUUGCUUGGGGUAUCAUGAAGGAAGCGGGGACGCCAAACUUGGGAGACUAUUUUCCUUUGCUUAGGAAGAUUGACCCGCAAGGUAUUAGGCGUCGGAUGACGGUUCAUUUUGAGAGGAUUUUGAGCUUGCUUGAUGGGAUGAUUAACCAAAGGUUGAGAGUUAGAGAAUCGUCUGGUGUAGUUCAUGGUGAUGUCUUGGAUACACUUCUAAACAUCAUUGAAGAGAAAACCGAGGACAUCAACAGACACCAGGUCUUGCAUUUCUUACUGGUUCUGUUCGUGGCGGGGACGGACACAACAGCCUCCACGUUCCAAUGGGCCAUGGCGGAGCUGCUCCGAAACCCGGAAGUCCUCUCCAAAGCGAGAGCGGAACUCAACCAGAUCAUCGGAAAAGGAAAACAAGUCGAGGAAUCAGACAUUGCUCGUCUUCCUUACUUACAAGCAGUAGUUAAAGAGACUUUCCGGUUACACCCGGUAGUCCCAUUACUCCUCCCUCGCAGAGCAGAAACGGACGUGGAAAUCGGAGGCUUCAAAAUCCCAAAAGGAGCACAAAUUAUGGUGAACGCGUGGGCCAUAGGGAGAGAUUCGGGCACUUGGGAGGACCCAAAUGAGUUUAAGCCGGAGAGGUUCUUGGGAUCGGAGAUCGACGUUAGAGGACGGAGCUUUGAGCUGAUACCGUUUGGCGCCGGGAGAAGAAUAUGCCCCGGUUUGCCUUUGGCCAUUAGAAUGCUUCAUUUGAUGUUGGGGACGCUUAUUCACUCCUUUGAUUGGAAGCUUGAAGAUGAUAAGAAAGAUGUUGAUAUGGACGAUAAGUUUGGAAUUACCUUAGAAAUGGCUCGGCCUUUGCGAGCCGUGCCCAGUCCUGCUCAAGGAUAAAAAAAUAAAAAAUAAUAAUAAUAAAAAAACUCUUA